AUGGCGAGCAUGUUUGUUGGAACGAGGAUUCGAGCUCGCGACCCUCGGUUUGAGAGUCUAGUGCCCGAACCACUUGGCCAUGGCAGCCCUAAAAUCUACAUGGACUGGGCGAAUAAUUACCUGGAAAUAGGACGUUUCAAACAUUACAUUCAAGACUUACAGUUUGACGUUAGUGAUGGCGUUUUGCUUGCUGAUGUUAUUGAAGCCGUUACUGGGUUUCAUGUUCCCAACAUAGCAAGGAAACCUAAGACGUCGUCUCAGAUGUGCAAUCAUGAGGCAGAGCUACAAAAGUCUACAUCUGGCUCUGGUACUUCCGCCCAGAUGCAGCAGCCUACAAUAACAGCAUACUGUACAGAAUCAACUAAAUACAAGUUUACACACUAUCGUCAGAAGCACAUCACUAACAAACUCGUUAAUUUUAUUGCCGGUACACUACAACCCUUCUCAGUGGUGGAGUCAAAAGAUUUUCAAGAUCUAAUGGCAGCCAUGGAUUCUAGGUAUAUUUCUUCCAGUCGCAAUCAUCUGUCCACAACGUUGAUCGAGAGCAGGCUUUCGUCUACGUCGUCCCCUUCGUCUUCGUUCUCUCUUCCAGUUACAGCAAGCACUGGAGUUGCAUUGCGACACCCAGCAGGUGUUGCUAGUACCGAGUGCGCAACCAACGAUGAUUAUGAUACCAAUACUUCAUUAGAUAACAAUAAACAGAAAUGUUCAAUUCAAAAAUCAACGAAAAGAGUAUAUUUCGAUGUGUCCAAACAGACCAGCUGUAGCAGUGGCUUUAGUUCUUCUACAGACGUAUCAGAAUUACUUUCUGUGGCGUCCCCUAUGUCGAAACAUGAAAUUACUAACAAGUCCGUUAGUGCAACAAAACACUUAUCAAAGAAAACUCCUGGUGGCAGGAAAACGAGUAAUGUUAGACAAGCUAAUUCCAGACCAACUUCAGACAGGCGGAAAGACGUCCAAAGUUCUCGAAUAAAUCAACUUGAAAGUGACAACGAAGUAAAAAACUCAAACGCUAAGUCCAGCACUUUGCCUCGUCGAGCUGAAAGCAAAGAUAGCUGUUCUCUCCCUAGAUCCAUGACGAGAGAUAAAGAAUGUGGUAAGCCUAGUCUGGUUUCUCGAACAGAAACUUCAAGACAAGGGCGACAACACAAUGGCGCAAAAGGCCAGAUGUGUAAAAGUAUCCAGCCCAAUAAGCCCAUUCGUCAAUCGAAAAUUUCCAGUCUUAUCCCCAAAACUGGGCAGACCAUCAAGACUGCCAGUUCAGGUAAUGUGUUUUCUAGCAGCGACGUGGAUUUUGUCUCGAACAGUGACUCAGUGUGUGGUGAAGGUGCCUUGUUUAAUGGAAGUGUGGUUUCUGGCAGCGACAUGUGUUUUGUCUCGAACAGUUACGCAGUGUGUGGUGAUGGUAGUUUGGUUGGAAAAAAGGAUACCAUAUGUGUUCCUAGUGAGCAUCCAGAAACUAGCAGCACUCCCAAACCAACAGCAGCAGUAAAAGGAACUUCGAAAACCAUAAAGAAACAGAGAUGUCUAACCAUCACCGCAGCUGAAGACGGUAAAUCAGAUCCCAACAUUGGUACAAGGCAAACGCCAGCCAUUCAAUCAGGUAUGUGUCAAGAGGGCUGCGCACCAGUGAAAAAGUCAAAAGAUACACUUCGUGUGACAAAUGAGGCCAACAGACAAGUCCUGGGAAGUAGCUUAAAACCAUCUAGUGAGUGUGGCAACAGUGUAUCACUUCCUAAAUUAGAGAGGACAAAACAAGGAUCCACCAUUAGCGUAGCCAAAGUUUCUCCCAUGAUGAACACCAGUAUUCAUACUAACACUAAAGACAAUUCGGAGCGCCAACAAGGUCAUUCGGAAGAGAAAAGGUUCGUUAACUCAAAUCUUCCAGUUGAUCGGUCAAUGAGAAUAAAGGACGAGACUCAAGAAAAUUCUAACAAACUCUUAAAGUUAAGUUCACAUUUAGAAAGCCUAAGGUGUGUGAACUCUGGCCCUAUUAUAAAUACAGAAAAGGUCACCGAAAUAAAUUACAGACGCUCAACAAAUAAUAAUGUUUCUCAGGAAAGUGACGAUUCUGGCUGGAACACGGAUGCUUUGCUUGCUGAUGAAGCUGAUGACAUAAUAGUAAAUAUCAAACCCAUGAAACCAAUUACACAUUUUCCUCACUAUGGCUAUAAUCGCGGCUUGAGUCCCUUGUCUUCCACUCGUAAUUUCGUCAACAAACUCCAGUCACCUGCCUUGCAUUUUCUAUCAGAUGUAAGUGGUAGCACAGCUAGACAAUUAACUCUUUCGAAGCACACUAUAACGGCAGGAAAUUUAACCACGAAUAACAGCAACCCUAUGAAACGAUCCUUCUCCUCAAGUCAAAGCUUUUUAAAUGUAGAUUAUUCUUCUGAUGCAGAUUCUGUUGAUUUUGCAACAGGAUACAUAAGUGAUGGAGACGUGUUCAGGCCGAGAUUUAUUUACAGUGUUAAAGAUGUGACUAAUGGACAUUUGAAAAAAAGUGGAUCUUCCUUGAAUGGUAAAAAAGCCUCAAAUAACAUCAAAGAUGACUCUCGAAGAUAUCAGUUCCAUCAGCAGUGGAAACAACGACAUUCUAGUGGACUUCAGCGACUACCAGAUGGGGUCUUCAGUGAGUUCAGAGACGAAAGGGUGCAAUAA